AUGGUUCAUCCAAUAUUAAGGAAUCUUUCAAAAUUAUCAUUAUCACCAUGCUUAAGUAAUAAUUUAAUUUUAAAAAAUAGAAAUAAUGAUAUAAAAAAAUUAAUAUACUUAUUUAAAAAACAGAACUAUAGUAAUUAUACAAGAAUAUCCCAAUUCCCUUUUGAUCAAAAUGUAAAAAGUAUAAACAAAUAUAAUAACAUUCCUUUUGUAUACCCACCGAAUAAUUACAGUACAAACAAUAUAUAUCAAGAAAAUAUAUCUCAUAACAGUAGAUCCUUUACAACACUUGAUAAAAAUGGUCACCCCCCCAGUGAUAAUAAUCAAAACGAAACCAAUACAACAGACAUAAUCAAUAUAAGUAAUGAAAAUUUAGCUGACAAUGAAACAAGUAGUAAAGAAAGAAAUGUGGAAGAUGGGGGAAAAAAAAAUAAAGAAUAUAUGGUUUUAAUGUUUACAUGUAAAAUAUGUGAAAAAAAAAGUGCAAAGAAAUUUUCAAAACAAGCUUACAACAAUGGAGUCGUUAUUAUUCGAUGCCCACAAUGUAGUAACCUCCAUUUAAUAUCAGAUCAAUUGGGAUGGUUUCAAGAUGGAAAAACAAAUAUAGAACAAAUAAUACAAGAAAAGGGAGAACAAGUUAUUAAAAAAUUUUCAUAUAACAAUUUACUUGAAAUUGAUGACCUUCUAAAUGCAUAUAAAUAA